CAGUGAAGAAAAGUGAGUGCAUAUUAUCCACGGUCAUUAUUUAAAUACCCCACGGCCCAAACCGUGUGUCAUUUCCUAUCCCUGUUGACCCAAAUUUGCUGCAGCAAAGUAAUUGAAGUUGCUCAUGAUCUGUCCAAAAAAGGUGCACCCUAACACCUCGUCUUAACUUCUGCCGCCUGAGUGGGUGCCAUCUUUGUCAGCUUGUGCAGCUCACUGGUGGACUAUACAAGGCGAGGCCGGGUUGAAGUGAAUAGAUGCACGGGGAUUAGGGAUUAAGAUUUCCCUCGGCCGCUCUGGUGGAGUAAAUCUGGGGAUUAUGAUGUCAACAGCCUGUGGCUGCUGAAGAGGAAAUUGAAUUGUGCAGGACGGGAGCGGCGAUGGCCCAGGAUUACAGCAGUUACUGAGAAAUCAGUGAUGGGAGUUCAUGUCUGUGCCUUUCUCAAGCUCAGGAACAUCUCCAAGGACCUACAUUCACCGCCUUUGGAGCGUAGGAAUUGCUUACAUGGCAGAACUGACUUUGAGUAACAGUUUAGGAAGUUGAUGGAGUGAUAAGUAGAUUUCUGUGUCACUGGUAAUCCCGCUCUGGCCUGUGAAGCAUCAGGUGCCACCCCCGGCUGAGGCUGCUCCGGCUGUGGCUGUUAAAUUCGAAGGACUCACAAAGGCCAGCAAGAUGAAGGUGAAGUGGAGCCAGCUGGGCAUGGUGUUCUUCCUCAUUCUGUCUCUGGUGAUGACAGGAUGCUUCUUCUGGCAAUAUCAACUGCCAAAGGCUCCGGCAGAUGACGGGAUGAGUGGCAACGCUAAGUCAGAGAUGAUGUGUCCCCGCUACCCAGAGCCUCUCCCUCUGGAGCAUCCUAUCCCCAGUCUAAAAGAGGCUCUGGAAAAGGUGGAUGUUUUGUUUCGACAAAGCAUCAACCCUGUCAGCCUCCCAGCCAUGUCGGCCAUCGUAAUCUUAAAUGAUACCGUUCUUUGGACUGGCAACUUUGGAAAGAGGAAUGGCAGUGACCCUAACUCGGGACCUCCAAACGAGUACACAAUCUACAGAAUAGCCAGUCUCUCCAAAAUCUUCCCAACGCUGAUGCUGUACAAACUGUGGGAGGACGGGAAGAUCGGCUCCCUAGACGACCCCCUGGAGAAAUAUGUGGAGAACUUCACCAUCAAAAACCCCCUGGGCAAGUCGCGAGACUCGGAGCUCAAAUAUGUGACCGACGGCCUCAUAUUUCUGGACAGUGGGGAGGUUCAGAUCCGCUCCUCCACAGUCACUCUGCGCAGGAUGGCCAGUCAGCUCUCAGGCCUCCCCCGGAGAUUGCGGGGCACAAAUCUGCUUUGGAAAGGAAAAACACAAUCUGCAAUCAAUCUACUUCAAGAUGACGUCCUUGUCGCAGAUCCAGGCACCAAAUGUCACUACAGUAACCUCGCCUUCUCUUUGCUUGCUCAUGUGAUGGCCGAGCGAGUAGUCGGAGUCGAUUAUCAGAGAUGGAUCACAGACAACAUCCUGGACAGGCUGGGGAUGGAAGACACUGGCUUUGACCUCACCCCGGGGUUACAGAGCCAGGUAGCCGUGGGAGUGUACUCCAGUGGAAAGCCAGCCCCACUCUAUGAUCUGGGUUGGUACCGACCAUCAGGUCAGAUGUUCUCCACAGCUGCAGACUUGGCCAAGCUGGCCAUGAUGCUGCUGGGUGCUUAUCACCGCAAGCUGCUGGAGCCAGAUUCCUUGAAGAUCAUGCUGACCCCUCUCUUCAGGUGCGAUAAGGACUACUUUGCCAACCGUACUGGGACACCAUGGGAGGUGAAUGAGCUGAUGGGCUAUGAGGUGGUGCGUAAAGAUGGCGACCUGGACGGCUACUCUGCCACUUUCUCCCUGGUUCCCAGACUGAAGCUUGGUCUGGUGGUGCUCAUGGCAGGAAGUCGUUCUCAGGACCAGGAUCUGGUCAAAAAGGCCUACAACCACAUUAUCCCUGCCAUAGAGAAAGCCUUCAGGGAGGCUAAGAAGGUCCUCGUUGCUCCCCCAGACCCAGUGCCGUACGUCGGCUUUUUCACGUACAGCAACAUCACCUUCUACGAGAUCAAAGCGGGGCCAGAUGGAGUUCUAAUCAUGCAGCAGUUUGGUCCCCAAAUUGAAGAGCUGAUCCCAGAGAAAUACAGGACAAUAAAGCUCAACUACCUGGUUGAUAGGGUGUUCAGAGUGGUGUUUGAAAAAGAGUACCCUUGUGUAUUGCAAGUCGGCACGGCCUCAGUGUCCCUCGAAGCCCAAGAUGGCCAGUUAUUUAAUUUCUACGUGUUUAAUAAGAAGGGCUUGUCCCCUGGUUUUGAUGCUCCAGGACUGAACACUUAUAACGUGGUCAGAAUAGCCCGCAGGCCGUCCUUCUCCAGCUGAGCUUCGCCGGUGCCGUGGACUAAAGGCAAAUGAUGUCUGGGGGACGACAAAAUUGAAUAAAACCUGUGAAUAUUGAAAGACUGGAUGGAAAAGAUUCAGACGUAUAGUCGCAGACAGGACUGGGAACUUCAUAUACAGCGAGCACAGGCUGUUACUGCUGAAUGAUGUAUGUGAAUGUACUCCUCAAUACCUUCGUCAUGCCUCUAAGCUGAACAUUCACAAUGUGGUGAUACAGUGCUUGUGUUUUUCCUGCCUUUGUUUAAAUGGCUCUCACAUGUUCGCUUCCAUUCUUGGGUUUUCUUAAGAGAGAACAGCCAAUUGAGGUCGCUUUGCAUGAAUGUUUACAUUCAUUUCAUUCUCAAUUGUUGAACCUUUGGCUCAGAUACUGUAUAUUCAUAUCUUCCAUUCAUGAUGGAAACAUUAUUAAAUUUCUUUGUGUCACUCCAUUUGUGGCAAAUAAAUUCAGGGCAUUUUCUCCUA